AGAAUACUCAAGGUUAACUGCUUCUCCAUGGGUACUCAGCAUUGAGUCUCUGUAAAUUUAAGAAAAAAAUGCACAACUGUCCUCAGCUGCAGACAUCUCAACUCCAUUGAACAUUUGCCAGUGGAAAACAAGCAAGCUAAUAUCUUUGCACUUUAUGGCAAAAAGUUUAAGAAGCAAAUGGAAAAGGAAAAUGCGAGCAGAAAAGAGGAAAAAGAAUGCACCCAAGGAGCUUACUCGGCUAAAGAAAAUGUUGGCAGCUAGUGGCAGUGGGGACGUUUCUAUGAAGGAUUUGAAAGAUGUAGUGUCUGUAGUAUCACCUAAAAAAAUUGAAGGGACUUCAAAUGUUGACAUGGAAGGUGCUGAUGAUGGUGGUUCCCACAUGGAAAUGGAUAUUAAAAGGAAUAAAAAGACUAUGUUGGAUCAGAAUGGGCAAUAUCCUCUAUGGAUGAACCAAAGGCAAAGAAAGAAGCUUAAAGAGAAGAGAGAAAAAAAAACAAAGCUAAAAAAAGGAUUAGCAUGGUAGAUGGACAAUCCCAGACAUGUACAGCUAUAUUGAAACAGUACUGUUAGAUAUAUUUUGUAUGUUAAAUGCAAGAGUACAUGAUGCCUGCAAGAUGUUUCAAGUUAAGAAAUAUCAUCAAAAUGUUUUUUUAAAUAGAUUUAAUAUUUUUAUUCAAGCAGAUUAAGGCUUCCAUGUUGUUAACAUUAAGCCUGUAUUGUUGACCAUAAAUGGAACAGAAUUGCUUCCUUUAGCAUGAAUUCAUAGUGAUGCCACUGCAUUUCUGUCGCAUUGUUUCCAUACAUACAUGUGUGCCUAUAUUUUUGUAUGUAUAUAUAUAUAUAUAUAUAUAUAUAUAUAUAUAUAUAUAUAUAUAUAUAAAUGGAUUUUGAUCACUGUUCACAACAUCAGUCGCAAUCCUGCAGGGGGCCAAGUCCAUGUCUUCUUGCUGUUUUUGUGUGCAAUGCAUCAAGUUUCAAUGGAUUGUGAUCAACACUGCUUGAGUCAAACGCAAUCCAGCUGAGAAAACAGACUGCUAGCUUGCAUAUAUUUUUCACGAGAGUUAACUUCAACAUGUGCAGGCAUUUCUUGAGUCUUGCAAUCUUUUCUCAAAAUAAAGAUCUUGAGUAAAGGUUUGUGAUUUAUACUGUCAUUCUGUAAAUAUAGGAGGUAAUCUUUGGAAUCCGUGCUGUGUUGUGAAUCCUUCUCCAUAGGAUUGAGGCAAAGGUGGAUGUCUGCCCUUCUGGUCUGAUUUCCAGAGCUUUAUUUUUGUAUGCCUCCAGUGACCUGAGCUUCUCCUCUACCUAAAACUUCAAACUGAUGCUUGACUUAAAAGGAAGAGGAGCACAAAUUUUCAUUUUUUAAAUCCUUUUGUUUUCCCUAUUACCUGCUAACCAGGUACCACAUGCCCACCUGUGGAUCAGCUAGUUCACCAUUCGCUAUGGGAAAGAACAGGUCACAGGGAACGGUCAUUCACGCAGUCUGUUUUUUUUUUCUUUUUUCUUUUUUUGUGAUCUUAUGCCCUACCCCAGUCCCUGAGAUUGCUUAUGUGCAUCUGUCAAGUUACAGACUUCUGAGGCAUGUUUCCUACCUUGCUUGGGCCAGUUUCAGCUGUAGCAGUACAUGCUGCUUUUCAGGAACUGAGUGUUCACUCCUUGCACAAGAUCCCAUACCCUUACCUUUGUUAGGUGAGGUACAUUGAGUAUGCUGUGGUAGAUAACAUUGCCUUCCUCCUCUUGGGAUGACUGCAUAGGUAUUAGCCACUUCACUGCCUUUUCUUUUUUGGGGUCAUUGUGUAAACCACACUUUGAAUAAGUGUUGUCUAAGGUAUAGUUAAUCAGAGUUUUAUCCUUGUGUUUCACACAGCUUUUUAAUUAUUAUACAACUGCAAGAAGCAAUUGGUUGUUUCCUUUUGGCCUGCUGUAAACAACUUCCUGAGAACAAUAAAUGUCCAGUUUGGGAAUA